AUGUCCGCUGCUCUACCAUUCAAGCUCCCUGUCCACCGGGUGGCUAUUGUCACUGGUGCGGCCCGAGGGAUAGGGCGUAGCAUCGCUCUUAGACUUGCGCGCGACGGACACAACGUAGCUGUGGCGGAUCUAAGCGGAAGCGGCGUGUACAGUGUAGCGAGAGAGGUGGAGGCCAUGGGAAGGCGGUCUAUGGCAGUGUACGCGGAUGUCGCGAAGGAGGAAGACGUGGAGAGCAUGGUCAACGAUGUCGCGAGCGAGCUAGGUAGCGUCGACAUUAUGGUUGCAAACGCGGGCAUCUACUCUCUUACCUCGGUGCUUGACACGCAACUGGCAAACUUUCAGCGAACCAUGGCCGUCAAUGCCGGCGGCGUGUUCUUGUGCUACAAGCAUGCCGUUCGAAGAAUGGUUGAACAAGGUCGAGGUGGGCGCAUCAUAGGAGCGUCUUCCCUUGCUGGUAAGAGCGGCGAUAACGCAUGGUUUGCAUACACUGCUAGCAAGUUUGCGGUACGGGGGAUGACGCAAGCAGCUGCUCUGGAGCUAGCCCGACACAAUAUCACGGUCAACGCUUACGCUCCAGGUCCGACAGAUACAGAUAUGCUCCGCGUUCUCCGUGCAGAUGAGAACUUGCGGGAGCGGUUUCUCUCAUCGAUCCCUGCAGGGCGCAUAGGUCAACCGGAUGAGAUUGCACAUCUCGUCUCAUGGCUCACAUCUGAGGGUUCCGGGUUCGUCACCGGUCAAACUAUCAACAUCAAUGGCGGCAUGCAUUGCGAUUGA